ACAAAGCACGUGAGGAACAGUAAAACGGAGUGGGGGAGGGGAAUGUGAUGUAACUCCAGAUCAGGCAAAGUCAGAGAGGGCCUUCAGCAAUGGUGGUGUUUGCAGCUCACAGUCACUGGUGGUGAACACCACACCCUGAAUCUUGUCAAGGAGCCAGAAUUCAGAGCAUCUGUGUGGGAACCCAGCGGAUGAGACACCUUCUUCAGGGAUCCGGGAUGGCUUCAACUUGGCAGAAAAUUCAAGAGUUCUACAACUGGGCCCUUGAAAAUGGAGACCCAAGGACAGACCCCUGGCUCCUGGUUUACUCUCCACUUCCAGUCACCCUGCUCUUCACUCUCUACCUCUUAUUUGUGGCACUGGGACCACACCUCAUGCAGAAGUGGGAGCCACUGAGGCUAAAAGGUCUGCUGACUGCCUAUAAUUUGACCCUGGUGGUUCUGUCAAUCUAUAUGUUCUAUGAGUUCCUGGUAACUUCAGUCUUGGCCAACUAUAGUUACCUGUGUCAGCCAGUGGAUUACACCAGAAGCAAGUUGGGAAUGAGGAUGGCGAGAGUGUGUUGGUGGUUCUUCUUCUCCAAAGUCUUCUUCAUUCUGCGCAAGAAGCCUGAGCAGGUGACUUUCCUGCAUGUGUAUCAUCAUGGCACCAUGCUUUUCAACUGGUGGGCUGGUGUCAAAUAUGUGCCUGGAGGACAGGCCUUCUUCAUUGGGAUGUUGAACUCCUUUGUGCACAUCUUCAUGUACCUGUAUUAUGGGCUGGCCAGCCUGGGACCACAAAUGCAGCGCUACCUGUGGUGGAAACGCUAUCUCACCAUCCUGCAGCUGUGCCAGUUUGUGGCCAUCGCUGUUCACUCCUCCUAUAACCUCUUCACAGAGUGCCCAUUCCCCGAUGGCUUCAACGUUGCAGUCUUCCUCUACAUCCUCAGCCUCAUUGUUCUCUUCCUAAACUUCUACUACUGGACCUACAUCAGGGGGAAGUGGGAGAAACUAAGAUGAAGGAGAGGGGCAUGGUCUGAGGACAUUGCUGGAAUUCACAUAUACUCCACUGCCUCUACCUCAAUUCCACGUAGAAGGUGCAUUUGGAGAGGUUGAGGGAGGAUCAUACAAGCAGAUUCUUGGUUGCCUUAGCAUUAUCAUUUGGGAAGCGAAAAGGAACUAGAGGGCUCAGAAGACGAGUAAUGGGGUACUGAGGUGUUUGCUUAUUGAACAUUGGUGCAAAUACAAGCCAAGCUGAUAGAUAAUGAUAGUCAUCAA